UCAUUGUGCAGACCAGAAAUGGUUGUAUAGAGAGAAAAUAUUAGAAAUCAAAUAUACUGGCACAUAAAAGUGAUGGUAUUGAUUAAGCUUUUACAGGGUUUAUUUUAUGUCCAUGUUUUUUUAGGUCAGUUUUGUUUUUAACUGCAUUUCAGUAAAACUGGCAUCGAAGAGCCUGUUGUUGAAAGAACAUUUCUGACAAUUUGGUAUUGAUUAAGUACAGAGAUUUGGCAUUAAUUUGUGCCAAAAAUUAAUGAUCAUUGAAUAAUAAUCUGAAUGGUCCCUUCAAUCUUAACCUAUGUCUUAGUGCAUUAUUGUUGAUUGGCCUGAAGAUUUUACUUGGUCUUAUAUACGGGUUGUGCUCGUGUAUUGGAGUGUUAUUCCACUGAAAGAAAACAUUGUGCAACAACAUAAUCGAGCCAAGGCAUUUGGUACUUAUUAGCUCCGUGAAGUCAUAUCUACAGUAUUUAUAUUUGUGUCAGUGAAAUAUUUGGUCAGUGAAGUACAGCUACAAGACUAUAGAGUAGGCUAACAAUAACACCAUAAAUGAGUCGACAUUGCAUUCGACCCCCGUCCAGCUCUAUCUCACGGUCUCUUUAUGCAUUUCUGUAUGAUUAGAUUUGAUUAGUACAGUUUUCUUAUGACUAAGAGGGCGGGAUUUUGAUCCAUCUGCUGAUGGGCUUGAACUUGAGCUUGUGCUUGUGGGAAAAAAGUUUUCACUUGAUCAUGAGCAUUACACAAAUCGAACUUUCUUAUUACUUCCCCGCUACUCGGAAGUGGAACUAAAGCGAUGGGUUGAAAGAAGAUGAGGCUUCUGAAAAUUGAACAAUGAAGUAACUGAUCUUUUGAGACGGGUCCUCACUAGUAAAGAAAGUGAACUGUAGUAUUAAUUUCUUUGAAUCUUUGGCUGUAGGAUAAGAAUGUAAAAGAGCGUGAAUAAAACUAUUCUACCCACCCGGAACGCGAUCGACGAAAACAAAAUGUUGUUAAAUACGGGACUGGGAUCGCAUUUGGAGUAGGCUAUUCACAAAAGACGAUUUAAGGAUUUGAACUGCUUGGACUGAUUUGGAUUCUCUUGUAUCCUUUAUGUGACAUCCCAACUUCAAAACACUUUCGAAAGGCAAUGGUAUAACUUUUUGUUCACUUCUGGCACAGAACUAUGCUUUAUUAUGGUGGAAAACACAUUUGACUUCUACCAUUGAGGCAUAUUAACCUACAUCUAAUAAAGCUACGAUGCUGAAUUUGAAAUAACAGUGAAAAUGACACACGUGAAUCAGCUGGAACAGUGAACAGUGGAUGUGAAAAUGUUUAAAUUCUACCAAGUUGCAUUGUAUAACACUCCUCUUAAUGUUCAGCAAGCUCAAGGAAAGUGUUGGUGAACAGGAACUUUCUCUAUCUGAUGACAAUUUGCCACUGAGACUCUAGAAAAGGGGAGGGGAAUAAACUGGGGAGAAAAAAAAAAUCACAUCUGGAAUUUGGAUCAUGGCAGCAGAGUGCACUGGGCGGUGUGUAAUUCUGCUCUGUCUCUUGGCAGAUGCGCUUGCCUUCUCAGGCAUUUUCAACGUCUCAGACAAAAAGUCGCUUUUCAGCGAGAACAUGGAUCGGCUGAGACCUCUGACGGCCACCACAGAACCCUGGAAGCUUAUGUCCACUAACCUUCAUCCCAACCUCUUCUUUGACCAGGUUGAGCUUAGGUCACUGAAAAAGAAGCUGACAGCCACGCACAGGCAUAUUUUCAAAGUGAUUCAAAAUGCUGUUGAUACCAUGCUUUCCAACUCUGCUAUGUACCUGCCGCCUGAAAACCACGAGGAAUUUGGCAGCAAAUGGAAUGAGAUCUAUGGGAACAACUUGCCCCCACUUGCACUCUACUGUCUGCUCUGUCCAGACGAUUCAGUUGCCUCACAGUUCUUGGUGAAAUAUAUGGACAGAAUGACAGAGUACCCUGACUGGAUGGUGACUAGUGCACCCAAUGAUGAGGUUCCCAUGGCCCAUUCUCUCACUGGCUUUGCUACAGCGUAUGAUUUCAUCUACGCCUAUUUAGACACAAAGCGGCGGUUGCGUUACCUGAAGAAAAUCCGUACUGCUACAAAAGAUCUCUAUGAGCUGUCUAAGCACAGGGGAUGGGGAAAACAGUUCCUCCAGAACCACCAGACCACCAAUAUCAUGGCUAUCCUCAUUGGUGCCCUUGUUGUGGGGGAACACAGUGAUCCGGAGACUAUGAUUUGGAAGCAGGUGGUGGUGAACUACAUGGAGAAAACCAUGUUCCUUUUGAACCACGUUGUGGACGGGUCUUUAGAUGAGGGGGUUGCCUACGGGAGUUACACAGCAAAGUCAAUCACGCAGUAUGUUUUCCUUGCGCAGCGCCACUUUCAAAUUGACAACACACAAAACCACUGGCUGCGGGCACACUUCUGGUUUUACUACGCCACUCUUCUACCAGGAUUCCAAAGGACAGUGGGCAUUGCAGACUCUAAUUACAACUGGUUCUAUGGACCUGAGAGUCAGCUGGUGUUCUUGGAUGCUUUUGUACUCCAAAACGGCAUGGGAAACUGGCUCGCCCAACAAGUCAGGAAGCACAGGCCUAAGGAUGGACCAAUGGUGCAGUCGGCGGCUCAGAGGUGGGCAACCUUACACACAGAGUUUAUCUGGUUCAAUGGUGAGAACAAGCCACAACCCCCACCAGGCUUUGGCAAAGCAGCAAUGCACAUAUUCUCAAACUGGGGUGUGGUGACAUAUGGGGCAGGGUUGCCCUACCGAGAGGGGAACACGUUCGUCUCCUUCAAAUCUGGGAAACUAGGGGGCAGGGCUGUGUAUGACAUAGUCCACGCUAAACCGUACUCCUGGGUUGAUGGCUGGACUAAUUUCAACCCAGGUCACGAGCACCCAGACCAGAAUUCCUUCACAUUUGCUCCCAAUGGCCAGGUGUUCAUUUCAGAGGCGCUGUACGGACCGAAGUACAGCUACCUGAACAACGUUCUAGUGUUUUCUCCCUCUCCGACAAGCCAGUGCAAUCAGCCGUGGGAGGGACAGCUGGGAGAGUGUGGGAAGUGGUUAUACUGGGGAGAGAAGGAGGUAGGGAGCACCGCAGGAGAAGUGGUAGCUGCGUCUUCUCACCAGGACACCCUGUUUGUCAGCGGGGAGGCCGUGUCAGCCUACUCCUCUGCCAUGAAGCUGAAGAGUGUCUACCGUGCCCUGGUGCUGCUCAACUCACAAACUCUGCUGGUCUUGGACCACGUGGAGAAACAGAAAGAUUCACCUCUGAAUGCCGUCAGUGCCUUCUUUCAUAACUUGGACAUCGAUUUUAAGUACGUGCCUUACAGAGCCUUUGAGAAGUACAGUGGCGCUCUGAUGGAUGUGUGGGAUGCACAUUAUAAAAUAUUUUGGCUGAAUAGUGAAGGUCUUAGUCCUGUUGCCAGGAUCGAAGAGGCAGAACAAGUUGCUGAGUUUAGGAAGCGGUGGACUCAGUUCAUAAAUGUGACGUUUCCCAUGGCAAAUUCAGUCACCAGAAUUGCAUACCUGAUGCACGGGCCUUAUGUUAAAGUCUCCAGCUUCAGGUUUAUUGACAAUAGCAAAGAUGGGGUCAGGUUAUCUCUCAAACUGAAUGACACAGAAACAAUUGUGUCGAUUGCCACAAACCAUCAAGACAUUGGUGCCAGAUUUAAUUAUUUGGGUUUUAGUGGCUUUGCCAAAGCAGAAAACAGCCAUCAAAUAAUAUAUUUUGGUCAGGGAAUUCAAACUGCAGUCAAUGACACUGAAUCAUACUCUUUGUCUCAUGCAGGAUGGGUCGUUGCCACAAUCGUGGGAUUAAUGCUCUUUAUAGCCAUAGCAUAUUUAAGAAGAAAAAGAACGUUGAACAUACCCUUACACUGGCUCAUGCGUUACACUUUAAUUCUCGUUGUCCUCUUCUGGCUGUUUGAGUUUCUCGUCCUCUCUAAUGGCUGCACUCAGUUCAUAUGCGGCACGAAAUGGAACCGGAUCACAGAGGAUCUCAGUGACACAGACACAGUGUCUCUUUCCCCUCGGUUUGUAAGCACCCUGCCAUCCACCAUCAUUACAUCCCUGCCAGGCUCAGGGGCUGAGAUCCUCGAGCAGCUUUUCUCCAACAGCUCUGACUACGUGUACAUCAGAAUCUCCCCUGCCCACUUGGACGUGCCAAAGACAGAGUACAAGUUUGACUCUUUCGUGGAUGCUUGUGAGUGGUCCAAAACGGAUGCCCAGAGAGGACAAUUCAAAACAAUCCAGGGCUGGUUUCACUCCGUGGUGCUCAACGUCAGGUUACACCUACAGAAUGUCCAGCUGCAUCUCAGCAGUGACAACACAGAAAACAAGUUCACCAAAAAGACAAAAGGGAAAAAAGUUGGAAGAAAGCCACUGGCGCAGCAAAGAAGCCGAAAGAAAGUCACCGUAAGGAAUUCGGGGUACACCAGGGAGCUGCGGCACCAUGUGGCUACGUAUCGAAACGCCCAGCCAGUGCUGAACCUGGCCAGCGGGGGCUGGUCUCUCAAAGUGCCUUUCAUUCAGGAGGUGAUCGGGCCCUCGUUACGGGCAAUAUAUGUGGUACGAGAUCCACGCGCAUGGAUUUAUAUGAUGUUGUACAGCACUACACCGAGCCUGUACAGCCGUAAGAAUGUUAAGAAACAUCUUGCUGCUCUCUCUCUGUUGGAGGGCAAUGGCGGCGGCGGUGGUGCCGGUGGUGGACAGGGGUGCACAAAGUUCAGCACUGAGUUCCAGGCUGUGAUGCAGCUGCUUUCACUGCCAGAACCAGAACCAGAGCCAGUGAAGCUCCUGGCACAGGUGUGGCUGGCCCACACCGCCGCGACAGUCAGGAUCAACCACGACGUGCCCACAGACAACUUCAUGCGGGUGAGGUUUGAGGACGUAGUGAAUUUCCCAGAGGACACCGCUGGGAGGAUACUGUCGUUUCUUGGGGUGCCUGUUUCCCCGGCUGCCUUGAACCAACUUAUAUAUAGCACCUCCACUAACCUGUACAGUCUGAUGUAUGAGGGAGACAUAUCUCCAGCCAGCAUCAAUAUAUGGAAGGAGAGCAUGAACUACAAUGAUAUAAAAACUAUUGAGGAUAUGUGUUGGCCCGUUAUGCAGAAAAUAGGUUAUGAGAAAUUCACAAGCUAGGGUUAUCAUAAACUCUUUAAAUGUUCUCUUUUGAAAACUGUGUUUGUUCAACCUAUGGAUGCACAUACACUUAUGUACUCUAAAUGUAAUGCCAGACAGCAUUAAAGAUGUAUAUCAUUU